CCUCAGUCUCUAAAGUGGCAGGACAGUUUGCGGGCGAUCAAUGGCUUCCGGCAACGAUGUUGAUAGCGAGUCAAGAGACUUGAUCAGAGUCGGCCCUGGGGGUCAGAAAGUUCCGGAGUUGACUAAGCAUAGUUUAUCCGGCCGGUUGACCAGGGCUGCUGACUAAGACAGUGCCGCGCCUUGUCCAACCGCGAUAUAAACCAGGGAGUAAAGGAGAAGUAAAUAAUCAUAUAAACACUAUCCACCUCGUCACUCGUACAUAUACAGUGCCAGUUUCAGAGCACGGAUAUAUGACAAUGCAGCAACGGAAAGAUGAGAUUCUGGCCAAGAAGGCUAAACUUGCUGAGCUCAGGCGACAGCGCGAAUUGCGACAAAAGGAGUUCUCACAGAACAGGCAGAGCAUUGGAGAAGGAGGGUCGGAGAUUCUAGCUCCGACUCCCGGCCGUUCAGACAGCAGAGCAGAGCUCAAUAGUUUAAUUUCUCGGCUGGUCGAUCGGCCUUCAUCCGCAGCCUUAAGAGACGGCGGAGAAUCACCCAGGGGUCGAGGAAGUAGACCCAAUUCCGUCCUCAGUGCCGGCCAACUGAGCGGAGAAAUUCUCGAAUCAGUGACUCCUCCAGCUAGACCUGUAUCUUUAUCAAUUGCAACGCAAACCACGCCUUUCCCCGCUGCUGAACUCCCCACCCCUGAAGCUGUCCCACUACCCAAGCCAGAGGUUGUCACCUACAGCAAAGGUGUCCAGACAGACUCAUGGAUUGAACCUAGAAGCCGGUCUGUAGAUGGCCAUUCUGUCUCGGAAGAUGAUAGCUCUCCCACAACAUCACGCGCAAAUAAACGGUUAAGUCGGAGACAGCAGCGUGAACGUGAUGAGGAAAUACGGGAGAGGCUCCGAAAGGAGAUUGAGGAGGAGGUGCGAUCUGCAAAAGGAAUGGCGGGCGAAGGAACUGCACAGCAAUCAACAGAUAUAAGAUAUCCCUUACGGACGCUUACGAGUGACGAACUCAAUGCGGUCACCUCAUCCAAUGAUUUCCUGGACUUUGUGGAUAAAUCCAGCAGAGUCAUAGAAAGGGCGUUGGAUGAGCAAUAUGACGUCCUAACAGACUACGCGUUAGGUGGAGUAGGUGCAAACGGCCCCGACGAGAACGACGAAUAUGGCAAUAGUAAGAAACGAAGAGGCAUAGAGGAGCUUGUCCAGUUUUAUGAUGAACGAUGGAGCAAGAAGCGCAUGAUCAGUGAUAUCAACUUUUCUCCGAAGUUCCCAGAACUGGUACUAGCUUCAUAUACAAAUAACGUCACUGCGCCCCACGACCCCAAUGGCAUAGUACAAGUAUGGAAUCUCCAUCUCCAUUCCAGGCCGGAAUACGUCUUCCACUCAAUGUCUGACAUCUUGACUGCGAAAUUCUCCCCUUUCCACCCAAACCUCAUCGUAGGCGGCUCCUACUCUGGUCAAGUCCUAUUAUGGGACACCAGAUCAUCGCGGGCAGGGGGCGGCGCCCCCGUCCAGAAAACCCCCCUAACAGGCUCCGGCCACACCCAUCCAGUGUACAACAUCUCCAUCGUCGGCACCCAAAAUGCCCAUAACAUCAUCACUGCCUCGACCGACGGCGUCGUGUGCGGCUGGACAGUCGACAUGCUCUCCCAGCCCCAAGAAUACCUCGAACUCACCACCCCACCCCCGUCCAAAACCGAAGACCUCGCGCCCACAACAAUGACAUUCCCCCAAUCAGACCCAACCUUCUUCCUCGUCGGCACCGAAGAAGGCGCCAUAUACCCAUGUCACCGCUACGAUCGCGCAGGCGCCAAAGCAGGAACCGACCAUCGGCUUUCCUACCGCGGCCACGCGGCCCCCGUCAUGUCCACCGUCUUCCACCCAGCCCGCGGCGCCGUCGACCUAGGUGACCUGAUGCUCAGCUCCAGCUUAGACUGGAGCGUGAAACUCUGGCGCGUACGACCGCCCGCCGUCACCUCCACCUCGGGCACGUCCGCCACCACACCCGCACAAGUGGUCUCGCCCGUCCUGGAACUGAAUCGCGAAGACGUCGUGUACGAUGCGCGCUGGUCCCCGCAUCGACCUGGUGUGUUUGCCCUUGUCGACGGCGCGGGAUCUGUUGAAGUGUGGGACCUGUGCACGGACACGGAGGUGUAUGCGGCGCGCGCGACGCCGACGAAAGCGCGCAAUGCGGUUAUUGAGCAGAGUUUGAAUAAGGUUGCAUGGGAAGAGAGGGAUGGGCGGCGCCUGGCAACGGGUGGGCUUGAUGGCGUGCUGACGGUGUUUGAGGUCGGGAAGGACUUGAGUGGCGGUCCCGAUGAGGUGCCUGCUGAGGAGUGGUCGGCUAUGAAGAAGCUUGUUGCAAAACUGGAGCAGGGCAGGGAUUGAGUGU